AUCCUGACCUGCGAGCAGGAGCGUUAGGGGCCAUGCGUGCUGUUGCAGAAGGUUGUACAGCCUUAAAGAUAGAUAAGCAUGCGGCUUCUCCGCUUCAGCUCUAGUUUAGUCUGAUCAACCUCCUCGAUGUCGUUCACUUUUCUUCCUAGCCAGCUAUGCCUCUACUAAAAAACAAAGCUUCUAGCAGCUCCUCCUCGCGUCGCCUGUAUGAUGAUGUAGCUUUGUCGGAUAUUGAAAGCUUGAGGCAGCCGGGGAUGUCAACUAACUUAACGGGUUCGACGCAAGCUAAUGAUUUCGAUCCUUCUGCCUUCCGGUUCAGCCCUAGAUCUAAGCUCCGCCAGUACGAGUCUGCGCACGAAGAGGCAUCGACCAGUGCCCAAUACGCGAGUGCUCCCCUGUUCAUCCCUGCCUUCACCGGUCUUAGACGGACGAUAGUUGAACAUCUGACCGAGUCCUUACAACGACUAGAACAAGAACUUCAGGUGGAAAGAUCAGAAGAACGUGUGUCAAUGGCGGUGACGCUCCUGAGACAAAUGGACCACGUCAUUGAAAGUGAAAUAAGACUGUCGCGCCUGGAGAAUCCCAUUCACGCUGAUUCACAAGGCCUGAGUGUGCUUCAUUUCGAUAUGCAAGAUCGCGCUCAGUUCCAGCCUCAGCCUCAGCCAUGGCUUAUGGUCACUCAGAAAUGGGGCGAGCAAAGCGAUACCAUUGUGGAUCCGAUCGAUAACGUGCGCCUCAAGAAGAUGCUUCCUGGUCACUCCCGAAACAAACUCAAGAUACACGCCGAUGUGAGCGACAUCAAGGAGCUUCGCCCUUGGAUGAUACGAACAAAGACCGUUACAGAGAAGCAAAAGUGGACUCUAAGAUACGAGCCUAACGGCAAGGUCAGAUACCGGUCGAACGUAUGGCUUGCAUGGCAGGUCAUAUUCCCAAUCGCCAUAACGACACUCGCGUGCUUCUACGGAGUAGGCAUCAUCGCCACGAAUACGACUUUUAGCAAGCCAUUCCAGAAGUACUUUUUCUGGGUCGCAAUAUUCUGGUCACUUAUAUCGAGUACAUUGCUGAGUUGGUUGACGUUAGCAUUUGGGGCUUCACGUCGAGAUGCUAUGGGUGCUUUCCUGACUGGAAUUGGACUAUGGCUAGUGGUCAUUCAGAUUGGUCAAACACAUCUUCUCGGUCAAUUCCAGGACCAGGCGAACGGAGCUUAGUCAGGUACUUGAGUUGCUAGGAUUAGAGGGUAGUGAUGCACCUCACUCGUCAUCGAACACGUCUUUGAAAUACCGACGGGCGUCGAUUCAGAGCGGUAAUGGCAGAAAUCAUAUCAAGCCAGAUCUGAGCGCAGCCAAUCAUGCACUUGACGUUGUUCCGUCCUUCAAUAGUUCCUCAUAUAUGCCUGAUGCCGCUGGGCAUGAGGACGAUACGGCAAUACUCGCGGCGGCCGAGAGCAGAGGUUGGUUGGAUGUAUUAAUCUAUUCAAGCUUAAACCCAUUUGCGAGAGACAACUUUCGAUCAGUAACGCUCCUUGCAUUGUGCAAUUCUGAAC